GUUUUCAUUCUUACUCUGAGUAAAUGUGAGAAUGCAGAAGUUUGUAUGUAUAAUCCCACCCCAACCCCAAACCACUUCCUCCUAAACCAACUUUGAAAGAAGAUGCAUUGAUCUCGCCGCCACACCACGCCACAGACAGCUCUCUGUUUCCAGCUGAACCAGGGGCCAGGGACCCAUUGAAGAUAGUUGGACAAUGGAGGACAUUUACGUCAACGUUGACCCUCUUAAACCAUCAGCAGCUUCACCAAACCAGCCAGGACACCUGGGACCCAGAGCCAAGGGAACACGGAGGAGCCGCUGGGGACCUGCGGUACUUGGUCUGGGGCUUCUGUGUGCUGGUCUUCUGGCUGGACUCCUGGUCCUUGCUGUACGAUAUUCCGUCACAGUAAAGGAUCUCUCUAUGACCCAGUCCAAAUCAAUGGAGCAACAGAAGGAACUCUGUACCCUCUCUACCCUGAAGCAGAGGUUUGAUGAACAGCUGAAGGAUAACAUCAAAAGGAACCAAACGUGCCCAGAGGGAUGGAGGAAGUUUGAGAAUGCCUGCUAUCAUCACUCAGACCAGAAGAAGUCCUGGAAUAACGGCAGGAAUGAUUGCAUUAAGAAAGGAGGUGAUCUGGUGGUUAUAGACAGCUCCCAGGAACAGAAGUUCCUCUUAGAGUAUGAGGGUGACUUUUGGAUUGGUCUGACUGACUUGGAGCAGGAAGGGACCUGGAAAUGGGUUGAUGGAGCACCACUGAUUCUAAGCAAUUGGGCGGAAAAACAGCCUGAUAACGGUAAUAAAAACGCCGCAUACGGGGAAGAAGACUGUGCCCACAGCAGAAGGCCCACGUGGAAUGACGUCUCCUGUGAUACCAACCUGCGAUGGAUCUGUGAAACAUCAGCAGAAGACGCUCAGAUCUCAAUGGCUCAAUAAUCGGUGUUCAUAGGUUGUCGUUGUUGGCUUGCAUGAGUGUAUUUUAAUAUCAGCACGCUGAAAAACUCAUGUUUUUUGAUGGUGCAGCAGUCAUCGCUACAGUACUUGUCGUCCCCUUGUCCUAGUGCCUGUUGAGUUUUGUGAGGGGAAAAUUACUUUUUUUUUUUUCUGAAUAGUUUUGAGGUGUGUUGAGUUGCACUUUUGAGUUGAAUUGGGAUUAGUUUAACCAUUUUAAUUGUACAUCAAUGAAGGUAUUGAAUGAUGUUUAAGCAUUUUUUCCAUUUCAUUGAGUAAGCUAAAUGUAAAUUAAAUGAGAUAUUCUGGCAAAUAAUUUUGCUGAAUUGUAAAUGUUCAAAAAACCAUUUAUUUCAGGAAAACAAUGAACAUUUUAAGAAUGUGGUUUGAUAGAUAGUAAAUUACAUUUGUAAUAACUCAUAUCAUCAGGAAUAAAAACUUGAUCGUGAGACUGCAGAUGGUUGUAAAAAAAACAACAGCUGAGAGAAUAAGUAUUCAGCUUGUGUCAAGAUUUAUUGACCAUGAUUUACGACGUAGCUGUCAAGAUGAUGGAUGGUGGCAGCUGUGUGACAUCUGGGACCUUUGACCUGAUUUACGGUUGGUCCUUUGACCUGAUUUAUGGGUUGACCUUUGACCUAAUGACCUGUAUUUUAUGGUCUGAAAAAACAAUCUUUAUUAAAAGAAUGGCAUAGGAA